AAGCAUAUUCGAAACUUCAUCUCAUCCUCUCGUUUGUUGCGUUUGUUGCGUUGCGUUGCGUUGUCUGUCUUGAGCUGCGUUGCUUUGAGCUGCGUUGCGUCCACAUAAUUAAUACACCACACAACACAUCACAACAAACGACAGACACACACACCAGAUGGCCAUGGCUUCAUCAUUACAACAGACGCAGCCGUCGGGCCUGAGCAGCCAUGGCAAGCUCACCAAGUCGCGCAGCCGCAUCGUCGUCAAGCCCAUCCUCAAGCGCCUGCACCACGUCCACUCCCACUCGGAGCGCAACUCGCUGGACCUCAACCGCGGCUGGGGCGACCAGCCCGUGGCCACGACGCCCGAGCUCGAGUACAGCUCCUUCGACUUUGGCUCGCGCGAUCUCGACGACCUGACCAGCGACCGCCGGCUGUAUUCCAACUACCCAGCUGCGCCAGCUGCCGGCGCAAAGCUCGUCCGCGACGUCAGCUUCACAGAUGUCGGCCCUGUGGCGCCUGGGCUGGGUCGCGCAAACACCUUUUCCUCCUCUCAUGCGCGCUCAACCAGCGGCAAUUCCGUCUCAGCCACUGCCGCCCGCAUCGGAUCCUUCAUUCACCCUUCAAGGCAGAUGCCCCGGACCUCGACGCCGCCUUUGAACUCGUACGCCAACUCGGUGGUGUCGCUGGACAACGGCCUGACGGGCCAGCAGCGAGAUUUGACAGCUGCCAUCGCCGAGAGCGACAGCGGCGACAACGACGAGCUUGACUUUGACGAGCCGCUGGCCUCGCCCACCUCUCUGCGUCUCUCUCAAUCCGAGUCUAACCCAGCCGGCGCCGCGGCAACAAAGAAGCUCUCAUACUCCUCCAGCCUCAGGUCAAACUCGCCCAACUCAAAACCAACGGCCACUGGCCGCCCAUCUCUGUCCGGAAGCCAGCGCACCAGCUCAGAUGGCCCUUCAGUGAGGGCUGCCACCACUCGCUCCAACUCGGGCCCCUCUGUACAACGUCUCACCCAAGGCGCUGUGAAUCACCAAUCCACUGCAAACGAAGGCGCUUCCGUGCCAUUGCUCAUCUCUACCACGCAGCAAAAGACUGCCUCAAACCCCAUCUGCUCCACAACACCCACAUCCCCCUUCCGCGCUUCUCUAGACAUGAAUGGUUUCCGCCUUCGCUCACGGAGCGAGAUGGACACAUCCACCCGCCAGGAGCAGGUCCGUGAGGCCCGUCGCAAGUUCGAGGCCAAGGAGAAGGAAAAGGAAGAAAAGUAUGCUCGUGAGCAGAUCCUCAAACGGGAGCGUGCCGCCGCCAAGGAAGCCCACAAGAAUGAGCGGGCGCAGGCUCAGAAGCGAAAGACCAGCUUUGGGCACACCAGCACCCUCUCCAGCGCGAGAAACUCGUCCAGCGUCCGCGAAAAGACCGAGUCCGAUCCGCUCAACGGAGGCCAGGCGCAAGAGCCACAGUUCCAGGCCCCCUCCAGAAGCAAGACGGCCAAGCGCAGGACAAACAGCCUCUGGACCGCCUUCAUGCUUUGGCUGAGAACCCGCCUUCUUAAGCUGGCCAGGCGAUAGGAGAGCCAGAACCCUUUCAAGGCUUCUCAGAAGAGCAGUGAUAAAGCGCAGGCUGCUUCCAAUUCCGACUGCUACAUUAUAUCAACAACCUACACUCAACGCGCACGGGUCCGUUCAACCGCUGGAUUCGAUUAAUCGGUAGCCUACCGCUACUAAAACACAUUUUUCUAUUACCUCAAUGCUGGAUUUUGCCGACAUCUCCAUUAUUUAUGAAUUUUCUUCUUUUUCUCUCACGGCCCUUUGAUACAGAUGGGGAGCAACAGACCCCA